AUGAAGGCUACUCUGUUCUUCCUGAUCGUUGUCCUGUGUGCAGUCGCCUUGGCUGCUCCAAAGUCUGAGCAGAAGAGAGAUGGCAAGGGCAAAGGCGAAGGAAAGGGUAAGGGCAAGGGCCAGGAGGUGAUGGACUCGGGUUCGGCGGAAGAUGGACCGGACGAUAGCCAAGAGGGAAGCAACGGUGGAAAAGGAAAAGGCGGAUUUGGUCGAAUGGGCGGAAAGGGCGGAAAGGGUGGAAAGGGUGGAAAGGGCGGAAAGGGCGACAUGGAAGACGAGACUGACAACUCUAAACGCCGUAUGGAGAGCCCGAUGGGAAAGGGAAAGAACCAGCCCCAGAAGGACAAUGGAAAGGGUCGUGAAAAUGGAAAGCAGAAGGGCAAGAAGAACUAA